AUGAAAAGAGGUGAAACAGUGGAUGGAAGGCAUGGAAAGAGGCCUCUCCCUUCCAAUGAAUCUGCUGAUGAAGAUGAAGAUCCGUUUCCAAUUUACUCAGCUCAAUCGGAACAUGACAUGUCUGCUAUAGUCUCUGCCCUCUCCCAAGUUAUGGGAAAUACAGACACAAAUCUUGCUUCUGUGCCUGGAAAUCCAUUAGCCCAACCUGAUUCAAGUAAUGCAGGAGUGCAAAUCCAACAACAACCCGUUCAACAAGGAAAUGGAAACCAGAGAAGAAGACACUAUAGAGGAGUCCGGCAGCGUCCAUGGGGUAAGUGGGCUGCGGAAAUACGCGAUCCUAAUAAGGCAGCAAGAGUAUGGCUUGGAACUUUCGAAACUGCAGAGGCUGCAGCUCUAGCAUAUGACGAAGCAGCACUUAAAUUUAAAGGAAACAAAGCUAAGCUCAAUUUCCCUGAAAGAGUUCAAGGAUUUACUCAGUUUGGUGGUUAUCUCACUACACCUGGGAGAGACAAUAAUAGUAAUAAUAAUUUGUACUACGGAUCCUCCGGCAUCUACCCUGAAGGAACGUCGUUUGUUUCACCGCUCUCAACAAAUAUACCGAUGGUAUCUACACUAGCAUUUCAACAGCAACAAGAACAAGGCCUUCCAGGAUUUCAAUCACAUUUUGGAAAUUCUUCGAGCUCUGUAGAUUAUCUGGAAAAAUGGGGAGAAUUUGAUGGCUCUUCAUCAGGAAGGUGA